CCCUAAAUCCAUUUCCCUCCCUCACCCAUUUCAAAUUAAUAGUUCUGCAUUUUUCAGAUUGCAAUGGCUCCCGUCACCGCGAAGACACGCAAGGAAGGAACUGAAAAGGCAAAGAAAGCGGCAUCAGCUCCGAAGAAACUCAGGGCCCAUCCUCCUUACUCUGAGAUGAUCAACGAGGCGAUUACUGCUUUGAAAGAGAGAACCGGCUCGAGCCAGAUCGCGAUUGCGAAGUUCAUCGAAGAGAAACAGAAGGCUAAUCUCCCUAACAAUUUUAAGAAACUGUUGCUUGUUCAAUUGAAGAAACUUGUUGCCGAUGGCAAGCUCGUCAAAGUCAAGAACUCCUUUAAGCUCCCGCCUAAGAGUUCUUCUACCAACGCGGCCGCCUCUGUAGCCAAGAAUUCGACAAAGGCCUCGGUCAAAUCCUCUGCCGUCGAAAAGAAACCGACAACUGCCUCGAUCAAAGCCGCCUCAAAUAAGGCGACUCUUUCCUCCGCCAGCUCCGUCGCCAAAAAGCCGAAAUCUGCCUCCACAAAGCCUGCCGCGAAGAAGUUGAAGACGACCAAAGCAAAAGAAGUGGCGGUGAAGUCGCCAGUGAAGAAGGUGGCAGUUGCGGCAAAGGCGAAGAAGCCGAAGAGCAUAAAGUCACCAGUUAAGAAGGCGGCGGCGAAGAAAGGGAAGAAAUGAGUGGCUUGUUUGUUUGUUUGUAGUGGUAGAUUUGUAAAUUUGUUGACGAUUCAGGGUUUGUUUAGGCAUUGAUGUAUAGCUUCGGCUUGGUUUGAAAUCAUUGUUUGACAGGAAUGCUAAUGCAGUUGGAUUGAAUUUACCGUAA